AUCUGUAGGGACUGCAGCAUCCUGGGCCAAUGUCCGGCAUGGGCACUGCACAUGGUUAUAUUAAUAGGAUGUACCCCAACAAACCAUAUAGCCAGUAUGGUAGCACAUUCAGAUCUGGAAUAGGCUUUGGAUCUAAUGGUUAUGAUAUGCGAACAAAUGGACUGAGGGGACAAGGCAAUGGUUACUUUGGUUCUGUCAAUGAUAUCAUGGACAGUUUUAAUGAAUUGAACAGGGGACCUAAGAACCAAAAGGGUGUCACUCCUGUCUCAGCAGCUACGGAGGGGCAAAAUAUUUCCUCAAAUGGAACCAAGGAUGAGGAGAAAGAAAAGGAAUACAUUGUUCCAGACCGUGAACAAUAUAACCGAGAGGAUUUCCCCGUGGAUUUCGACGAUGCCAAGUUCUUUGUUAUUAAAUCAUACAGCGAGGAUGAUGUGCAUAAAAGCAAGUACAAUGUUUGGGCUAGCACACCAAACGGUAACAAAAAGCUUGAUGCAGCUUACCAGGAGGCUAAUCAGAAAUCUGCUCACUGCCCUACAUUUCUUUUCUUCUCGGUCAAUACAAGUGGACAAUUUGUUGGCCUUGCUGAAAUGGUAGGGCCUGUCGAUUUUCAGAAGAACGUAGAAUUCUGGCAACAGGACAAGUGGACUGGUUGUUUCCCACUAAAUUGGCACAUUGUUAAGGAUGUACCUAACAACUCCUUGAAGCACAUUACCCUAGAGAACAAUGAGAAUAAGCCCGUCACGAAUAGCAGGGAUACACAAGAGAUCAAGCUCGAGCAAGGGCAUAAGUUGCUCAAAAUCUUCAAGGAGCAUUCCAGCAAAACUUGCAUUUUAGAUGAUUUUGAAUUUUACGAGGUUCGCCAGAAAGCAAUCCAGGAGACAAAGGCUAAACAUCAGUUGCAAAAGCAGGUGUGGGAAGGAAAGCUGCCUGCAUGAGCAGCAGAUGAAAAGAAAGAUGUAGCAACAAACGGGGAUGUAAUUGUUUUGGAAAACG